AUGACAGGCUCUGCGUCCGACCCACUCGAUGAUACCCUCCCAGUCAUGGGACCCAGAGAGAUACACCUCAGUGGAGUGCAACAAGUCGUAAUUCCUGCCAUUCACGCAGCUUAUUUCACUCUUGGUCUCCGACAGAUCCCCGCUGGCUUCCAUACGAUGAUCAAGACUGACGGUGCUGAAUACCAGACAAGCAAUAAGUCCGUACACGCAGACCAGGCUGUCGUCGAAUGGCACGAGCGCAUUCUUCUGUAA